AUGCCUCGGCGAGUGCGCGCGCUCCUCCGACCCCAUCUGCUCGGACCCUCUGCUGCAGGCGGGCGCGCCUCGGGGGAGCUCCAGCCGCCGCCGGCACUGCCGCAGGGCAACGUCGGCACCACGUCCCCAGAACGAGCAUCAACCAUCCGCAGCUGCCAGCUGCCGCCCUCGGUGGUGCGGCGGCUGGGCGUCGUGGCGCCGAGCUCGGAGCUGCGGUGCGUCCGGGACUUCGUCGCCGUGGCGCCGCCCAGCUGCUGGCGGCCCCGCGCCCCCGCAGAGGCGGCGCCGCGGUCAGCCCCGCCCGGUGCCCCGACGGCGCCUGCACCGGCCCCACCACUGCCAGCGGUGGCCAGCGGGCCGCCGCGCCCGGCCGAGCCGCCCGAGCGGGCCCCGAUGGCGCCCGCUGCAGACACCUGCAGUGCCGGGGCCGAGGGCGGCGGCGGCAAGGUCACGGUGCCGGCGGUCUCUGGCGCGGCUGGGCGGGCGCCCCGCAAGCGCCAGCGCGCGGAGGCGCACCAGCCUCGGCCGCCGGAUGACUCCGACGACGGCCUCGACGAGCCGAUCGAGAAGGCGCCGCACUACGAGAAGACGGACCGCCUGGACUCUGCGGCUGGCUACCUGUACGAGGACGUCGUGGAGGAUGUUUGGGACAAGCACGAGGCGAGCGGGCUGGUCCACUACACCGACGCGGCCUUCUGGGACCGCAUGGCGGGCGGCCUCGACGAGCGGGCGCACGACGGUUGGGACGUGGAGGAGGAGCACAGCGAGGGCGGCGGCGCCAGCGCCUGGAGCUCGGACGCGAGCGGUGGCGCGGACGCGUCUUCGGACACGGGCGCGGCCGACGGACCUGGGCGACGCGGCCGCCGUGUCCGCCACCGCCGGCGGGGAGGGCUCGCCGGCGUGCGGCGGGGCGCGGCAGGGCGCAUCAUGAGGCGUUGGGGCCACGCGUGCGGGGAGGAGCUCAGCGACACGCUGCUCGCGGUCAUCUCGGGUCGGACCAACGGGGAGCAGUUGGGAAAAGGGGGGGGCACCGAUACCGCCACCGUCUACCCUUUCCUCGUUUUCGCCUCUGCGUGCCUCGGGGGAGGCCAUCGCCGCCACGGCUAG